UGUGCUAAAAGCAAUAAAAAGUGCAUUAAAAAUGUUUUAGUACAAUACGCAUACAAAAUGGCGGUGUAUAUGACAUCGUUUUUUUUAUUUUAUUUUUUUAAUUAUUAUGUCAAAGGAGAUCAGGAUAUUUUCAAGAAAGAGCACUUUGUAUUUUGGCCAAAUGGAACGAUUCCUUUUUACAUAAAUCCAGACCAUUUCGAUAACGAACAAACAAAUUUAAUCAUGACGACGUUGUCGUCCUUUGGGUUUAAAACUUGCCUCGAAUUCCACCCGAUUUUGGGUGAACCGCAGCCGAAUUUACACAUAAUGGUCUUCGAAAAUCCGAGGGGUAUUAGAAAGUGCAUCAUCGGCAUGGAGGGGCACGCCAAGGAGGAACCUCACCGUAUAGUCCUGGGCUACGAUUGCCUUCGAUCACCUCAAAUCGAUAUGCUCUUGAUGAAAGCCCUGGGUUUCCCGUUCGAACAUAACAGGGCGAGUCGUGAUGUUUUCAUUGAUGUGCAGUUCGAAAAUAUUGAACCAGGUUCAAUUCCAUUUUUUACGAAAGAGAAGAAAUUACCCCCUGAACUAAGGGUAUUGCCAUACGACAUUAACAGCGUGAUGCAUUUCGGAGAAAGGGAAUACAGCAAGAACGGUCACAGAACUAUCAUAUUUAAGAAUCUUAACGCGAAACAAAAUCGAAUCGGAUUAACAAAGAACGACUUGAGAAAGAUAGAAAUAAUAUACGGUCCAGAAUGUCAGAAACGAGAUCGUCAAGCAAAAAUCGACGUAUGCAAGAGUUACCCAAGCUCGCGAAAGAAGAGAGAAACUGAAGUUGAAAUUGUCAAAAGUUUAAGAGUAAAUCCAAACAUAACACCUCCUCCUGACAAUAAACUUAUCGACGAUUUAACUAACAGCGUUAAAGAACUAGGAAUCGAGAAUGAAGCGCAAGAUUUGCUUGAACAAGUCCAUAGAAUAACAGCGAAGGCUUUAGAAAACGCUAGAAUUAAGCGAUGCAAUACUACAGAAAUUAAUAAUGAAACUUAUUCAAUAUCACACGAUGUUUCAAAUAUAUUAGAAGCAACGGUAAAUUACAUAAAAGCAGUUGUUAGUAAAGCGCUGCAGAAUUCGACAGCGUUCUGCGAUAAAACGAACGAUAUAGACAUAUUUCUGCGGGCAGGUUGCAGCUUUGGAACGGGUAACAGGUGUCCGGUUUUUUAUAAACCAACGAAGUCAGGUUCCGUUCGAUAUUCAACACAACACAGACCCGUCAUCCGUCAAUCCACGAAACACGACGGUAAAGGGAACAAGUCACCAUACGUCAAAUGGUUAAGAGCAAGUAAUGAAACUGAUGACAGAGCGAGAAAGAAGAGAGAUUUGACAGAUGUGUCAAAUUUAGAUAUGGAAACUGUAACAGAUCAUGACUUAACAGCUGGUGCUAAUGUCAGUGAAGUUUUGACGUAUGACACGACGGUUUCCGUUCAGAAAGUUCUUAAUUUCGCACCAGUUAGAAGAUUUCAGGAGCGUGAUUCAAGAAUGUUCGGAAGUAAAGAGAAACAGCAAGAAGAAGAAAAUUCUAAUACGUCAUCCGAGAGCACUAAGAAGAAAGCGAAUUCGAAACGUGUAACUAAGAAGGCUUUAAAUAUCGAGCUUUUGUCUGAUAAACAUAAAAAAAGAAAAGAGCAGUACAAAGAGAAUGACAGUCAGAGUGACAGCGAAACAGAAGAAGAAAGGCCAAAAAUAAAAAAAAGUAAGAAAACGAAAGAACCAAAAAUAAGCGUCGAGUUACCAAAGACUGUGAAGCUUUCGAGGGCAAACCGAGAAUUCUACGAUGAACGAAUGUGGCCAGACAAGAUUGUUAGAUACGUUAUUAGAGACGAUCCCAGAUAUAACUUAAAAAAAGUACGUGAGCGGCUCGAGGAAGUAAAUUCUAUACUGAAGAUAAAAACCUGCGUCCAACUCCAAGAAAUCUCAGAGAGAGAGGGACGGAAAUAUAGAGACUAUCUCGUUCUUGACACCAUUCCGGACUACGUCACGGGCAGAGUGGGCGGGGAGCAGAAUUUCGGUUGCCUCGAGUUAUUCGAAGGCGGGCAACACCGUCAGCAUGCCGCUAUGAUGGUGAUGGCGAUGUUGGGUUUCUACUUCGAAGUCUCCCGCCAUGAUCGGGACAAGUAUAUCAGGGUUCAUAAUAGGCAUAUUCGCGCAGAUAAGCUACACCAUUUCGAAAAAAUACGUUCUGACGCGACUCUAGCUCUUGCUUACGAUUACAAUAGCGCCACUCACCCCGCCUGGCAGUUUUGGAGGAGAGUCGGGAAGAGGGGCAUUUCAUCAGUCGCUACCUAUAAGGAUCAGGAUCCAGACGGUUCCGUCAUGAGGUCACUAGGUCAGAACGAGGAGCUCCUCUCAGAAACAGAUAUCAUUAAGAUAAACAGCGUGUACGGUGUUCAGUGCUUUAAGAGAAGGAACGAAAACAAUUAAAAAUAAAUACGAAUA